CAUAAGAGCCACAAGCCGCUCCUGAGAGCCCUCGCGCGGGGUCAAACCUGUUGCGACUCAGAGGCGGUUGGACUCCUUCAUUGAUCCUUAUGACACAUCAAACUGUAUAGAAUUUGAUAAGGAACAUGAGCGCCCGCGGGGCCAAGUUCCCCUUCGGGACAACGAGGCAGUCCGCAGGCUAUGCGCUAGAGAUCACGGUUCAUCCGGGUCCGCAGCACAUCCGCGUGCGCCCGCCUGCCGCGCUGGGCGGUGGUGGAAGCCACGGCUGCUGGCCCACCACCGCCUUCCAGGCCCUGCUGGUGGCGUCCGAGUACUGCGCCGCGGUGCAGGAGCUGCUGUCCUGGGCGUUCCCUUCUCCAGCCUGGGAUGACUACAAGCCCAUGGUGGCGCAAUUCGCGGCGGAGUUCAUCUCCUCCGCCGCGCCCGUGCCGGUGUCCGCGGCCACCGCCCCGGCGGGCGCUCAGCUGGACCCCGUGCUGCUGCACUGCAGCCAUUCGCUGUGGUCCAACUUCACGUUCCUUUACUUCCACGGCACACGGGAUCUGAACCUCGAGGGUCUGGGCACGGAGACGCGGCAGGCGGCACAGUGGCUGAAGCGCCUGGUGGGAGACCGGGGCUGGGCGCCGGAUGGGCUGGUCUUUAGCGCAGCGCGCACCUGGACGGAGGCCAGCAAGGCGCGCCUGGCGCCGCUCUUCCCCACCGUUCCCGGCUUCACCACGCCGGCACCGGCGCCCCUGUCCGCCACUGGCGGCACGCCGGCAGAGGUGCAGGCGCUGCAUCAGCGGACGUGGGCGGGCUGUCCGGAGCGGGAACUGGUGGAGAGAGUAGAGAAGGGCGGCGGCGACGGGCCAUACUACCCCGUCUACCCCUACCGCAUCACCAGCGGCUAUGCGGCCAACCGCAUCAAGUUCACGAUGCAGCGCGUGUCGGCGCCGCGCAGCAUCAAGGGCAGCUGCGGCGUGCCAGCGGACUACGGCCAGAGCCACAACUGCGCGCUGGGCUACCUGCUGCUCGCGGACGUGAUGCAGGCGUUCAACCAGGCCAGCAAGCAAUGGGGGAACUCGGACGGCGCCGACGACGUGACCACGAUCGACCACUUCAUCAACAACGUGCUGCUGCACGACACCAAGCCGCUGCUGAACCUGCACGGCAUCACCCGCUACGGCACCUUCCUGGCCGGCUGCGCCCUGGGCUGGGUGCCCGCGCUGGAGCAGGUGCGCGGCUGGGUGAAGGCGGCGGCAGAUGCGCUCCCGGAAGUGGCCGCCGGCAACACGCCGCCUCAGCUGGUGCUGCCCGCCAGCCUGACGCCGGCGGUGAUACAGGCCAUGGCGGCCGUGGUGCAGCAGGUGCCGGUGGCGGCGGCGCAGCCGCAGCCCCAGCCGCCGCAGCCCCAGGUCCCGCAGCCGCAGCUACAGCUUCCACAGCCUACGGCAGCGCAGCCGCAACAGCAGCCCCUGCAGCCACCGCAGCAGCCACAUCUGGCACACGUGGUGCAGCUGCCCAACGCGGCAUCCGGCGGCUCCAUUGUGUCGGGCCCGCCCACCGGCAGCUCCGGCGGCAGUGGGACGGGUCGCUCGCCCUUCGCCGCGCUGCAGCAGGCGCACCAGCAGCUGCAAGCACCGACGCUGGUGCCGCCACCGCAUGCAGCGGGCGUGGCUGCCGGUGCGGCUGGCGGCCCGGGCCCGCAGCUGCCCCAGCUGCCGGACUUGCCCCAACUACCGCCAGCUCCCGCGCAUCCAGAGUCGUCGCCCUCCGCAGAGGACGUGGCGGGCGGCAUGAGUAACAUGUCUCUGGACGGCCCCACCUUCGGGGACGAGACGCUGGCGGCGCUCGCAGCGGACAUGCGGUCGCUGAAGGAGGCGGACCUCGCCGGCAUGGGGCGGCAGCACUCCGCGGCACUUGCAGCACACGCCGGGCACGCGGGGCCGGGGCCGUCUCCCUUGGGCCCCAACGGCCCCGCCGCAGCGGUGGGGACUGCCGGAUCCCUUGGCGGAGUCGGUGCUAAGGGCGGGGAGGGGGUGGCCGCGGCGACGGCAACGGCCGGGCCGUUCAGCGCCCUGGCGGUUAUGAACCAGCUGCAGGGUUUCGGCGCGCCGGGCCCCUCGGGACGGACCGUGACCACCUCGGCGCCAGGCCCACUGCAGCAGCCGCAGCACCUGCCCCACAACGCGGCUCAGGCGCAUGCCCAGCAGCUGCUGCUGCAGCAGCAACAGGCGCAGGCUGCCAAGGCCGCAGCGGCGACGGCCGUUGCCAAGGUUGUGGAGCUGCUGGGUAGCGCGAGCAACAUCAUGGCACAGCUGGCGGCGGCGCCGGCGCACGUCCUUGAACCGUCGGUGCAGGCACGGCUGGGUGCAUUGGUGCGGGGGCAGGAGGAGGCGCUGCGAGCCUUCCGCCUCGAGUUCAACUUGCCGGCCGGCGGCCCCGGGGUGCUUGCUGGGGCCGCAGCAGCCGGCCCGUCAGCGUCGGGUGGUGGCGGCGGGGCUUGGCCGCCAGCUGAGCCAUCGCACGGCCUGCCUGGGCCAACAGCGGUGGCUUCAGCGGGCUCGGCUGGCGCGCCGCUGCCGCCGCCCGGACCGCACGCGCCAACGGCUGGUGGCGCUGCCGGUGUGCCGGGGCGGGCAUCCGGAAGCCCCUUUGAGCGGCUGGUGCGCAUGCCGGGCACGGCAGGCGCCACUGCGCCCGCCGGGCAGGGGCAGCAGCAACCGGCCCUCAGUGCCGGUGGCGGCAGCAGCGGCGGCGGUCGCAACUCCUUGCCGGGCCUAGUACCGGGCGCGUUUGGUGCUGCGGCGCCCGCGGCGACAGCCGCCGUCGCUGCCGCGCCCAGCGCGCUUAAGUUGGACCUGCCUCAGGGGGCCGCUGAGCCAGGGACCGCACAGCCGCAGAACCCUGUGGCGGGAGCCGGCGGCGGCCCUGCCGCUGGCCCCGGGCCUGCCGGCGCAAGCCCGCCUUCUAGUGGCGGCGCACCGGCGUCGAGCGGCAGCGCCGGCAACAUCUCUGGCAGCACCUUGGGGCUGCUUGGGGCCUUCGGCGAGAACACGGCUGGGGGUGACAACAUGUCGCUGAUGCUGCAGCUCAUGGAGGGCGGCACCGGCGGUGGCGAGACGCUCGGCGGCGGGAACGUGUCGCUGAUGUCGCUGGGCAAUGACUCGUUGUUGGGGUUGGACGGGAACGGCACGCUGGGCCUGGGGCUGGGUCAGGCGGGUGUGGAUGCGAUGGGCAGCGAGGGCGUCCUGAUCAACACGGCGGGGGCGGCGGCAGGAGGCGGCGGCAUGGAGGCGCAGGGUGUGGGCGCAGGCGCGGGGCCGGGCCCGGCGGGGCACUGACAUGCUUGCGUCGGGUACGGAGUGUAGCGUUACGACAAGUGUUCACGUCGAUCACGGGAAAAGGGGCUGAGCCCCUCCACAGUCUGAGGCCGAACAACCUCAUUGCCCGGACAUAGCCGGGGUCGGUUUCCACAGGCACAUAGCCAAACCAGGUGCCUAGCAAUCGCGAUGCCAUAGCAGAGCUAACCGCAGCCAGACGUAACACAGUUAUCAACAACUUUGGGAGUCCAUGGACAACUGACUGAGGAGAGCGCGGCGCCGCCCAAGAAGCGGCGCCGGUGCGCAGGUUGAGACCUGCCGAUGUCCGGUUUGCGGUCUUUCCUGGCGAGCAUAGCGUAGCGUGGUGUGUGAUGGGACUUCUUGCUGUUUUGUUGCCCGUUGUGCGAGACAGCAGGACGCGGCUGGACACAUGGCGGGCGGUGCCUGUACAAACCGACCCCGGCUAUACGAGGAAGGUGGCGGGGCCAGGUAAAGAUGACUGGUGGAAUGGUACAUGAUGCAUGUAGUUUUGAAACCUUCGGCCUCAGACAUUGCACCAACGUGGCGUGGGCUCAGCCCACUUUUCCCACGAGAGGGAGAGCCACCUUUCUUGUCUACUGAAGUUGCAAAUGUACACAUGAUGCAUGCUGCUGAGGGACCUGCGUCGACUGAAUUGUCAUGCAAUGAAGGCACUCAGAAUAAUGAGGCGGCCACCCAUUGGUGCCUGGCAAAGCGUACGUAGCAAUCAACUGGCGUUGAUGAUGUUGAUGUGAGCUGUUAUGACAUAGAAUGCACACACGUUGCAUAUGGUCGCAAGCAGCAAGCUUGGUUGGCCCAGUAAACAGAUCCCUUCAGGGGCGUCCCUUGAUACCUAGACAGUUGAUGCCAGGGUAAGUCAACCUUCCCUGGUUGGUGGGGUGACAAUUGGCAUGUAUGCCUGCGCCCCAAAGCUCACAU